UGGCGCGUGCGUCCGUCAACAGAGGAUGCCGUACGUUCACGAUGCUCUGGGGAGCGCGCAACGGCGGGAAGUUGAUCGGCGCCAUCUUCGAGUUCUGCUGCUGCUGCUGUUGUUGUUGUUGCUGUUGCUGCUGCUGCUCGAGAGCCUUGCGCGCCACCGCAAACGCGCUGUCGCCUCUCUGAGAGACGGCGGGGUACGUCGAGCUGGACGGCGUGUGAUUCUCUCGGUGCAGAACGGUCGACGCCGCGGUAGACGAUGACUGAUGAUGCGCCGUGAAUCUCAACGGCAGAUUGGUGCAGGUCAUCGCGGCGGUGUUGCUGCUACUCCUGCUCUUGUAAUCCGGACUGUUGACCGACACCGAUUCCUUGUAGUCCGACUGAAUCGGAUAAGUCUUCAUGCUCGAGUCCGCUUCGCCCGCAUAUUUCUUCGGACCGUAGUCCUUCAAGUGCUUCACCGGAUUGCUCUCGUGCGCGGUGCUGUUGACGCAGGUGCUGACAGGCCGUACGUUGCUGAACUGUUUCGCGUUGACGAUCGACGCGUUCUUCGUCGCGCCGUGCGAUUCGCUCGCAGACUUUAGACUUUCACUGUUACCGUCAUUCUUCUUCAUCGACGAGUUAAUUUUGCCAGUGGCAAUCGGGUUUCCUGACGUUGCGAUGGUGUGCAAAGUAGCAUCCUUGUUACCAACUGCGAUGUUUCCUGUCCUGACAGACAGCUUGGACGUUCUGGCUUUAUUUCCCAUGUGGUCCACCUUCUUUCCCUUGUCGGAAAUCUGAUUGCUGGCUGAUAAUGCUUUGGUGUCUGUAUUGUUCUGAUUCUUGGAUGCGAAAUUAUUGUGGGAUUUGCAGGUGAUGGUGACAGCUGGCAGGAGCAAAGCGCUGGCUCACUUCUUGGUCAUGAUUUUCAGAUAUUCCAGAGCAUUUUGAGCAGCACUGGCUUGAGCAUCUUUACUAGUCGCACCGCAACCAUAGCAAACUGCCACUGGCAGGGUAGACAGUUGCACAAGGCACUGGAAUUUACCUGGAAAAUGGAACAACAUUAAUGUAUAAAUUAAUCAUGAAAUGCCUGACAUUACUCUUCAACAUUUACAAUUAUAAACCAUUUCAAUAAAAGCUCGCAUCACAAUUUAUGAUAACGUGUAAUGUCAUAGUUCAUAGACAUAUCAACAAACAUCUUACAUAAUAUAAUGAUCAAAUAUUACAGUACUCAUUUUAUCAUCAUUUAUAAGAAAUCCUGCUUGACACGAAACAUAGUGACUAUACAUUUACAUGCUUAUCUAGUUUAUUAACAUUUGUAGUUAUUACUAAUUAAAAAUAUCGUGUCAACGUUGAUUUUACACCGGUAAUAUAACAUCUGUUAUUAUUUGUUAUCUACAAACAUAUUCCUAUGUGUGACCUACAAGCAGAAGUACAAGUGGAUCCAGGCACUAUGGCAGCUUUAACAUCAGUUAAAAAUGCCUUGAGGAAAAUGAAGAAUACUCUUCAAAACAUUAGUUCACAAGAAAAAAGAGAGCAAUCUAUAAACGUAUUGAAGAAGCUGUGCGCGCUGAAGCAGUAUCAAGAUAGCAAGAGAAUCUCGGUGUAUCUGAGCACCAAGGAUGAACUUGACACUUUGCCCAUCUUAAAGCACAUGUUCCAUGUAGGAAAGGAGGCAUUUGUACCAAGGUAUCAAGGAAAAACUAUGGAAAUGGUGAAACUGAAGUCACUGGAUGACUACGAAACAUUACCUUUAACAAAAUGGAACAUUAAACAACCCAGCCUCGCUGAAUGUCGCGAAAAUGCAUUAGAAAGUGGUGGAUUAGAUUUAAUAAUUUUACCAGGUGUUGCCUUCACAAAGAAUGGAAAACGUCUGGGACAUGGAAUGGGUUAUUACGACAAAUAUUUGAAAAUAUGUUUUCAAAGACAAACCACAAGACCAUAUUUAAUUGCAGUAGGAUUUAAAGAACAAAUACAAGAGGACAUUCCUACGAAUGAAGAUGACAUGCUCGUUGAUAUUGUACUGGUUGAUAUAUAGAAUACAUAUAAAAAUGUAAAAGCUUAUAAUUUUAUUUCAUGCAAAAUGUGC